AUGCGGUGUACUGGGAGAGGUGCAGAAACAUUCAACUAAGUCAAAAAGAAGUCACAUGAGCACGUGUGCAGUAGGCGUCACGUUGGACGUCGAGGGCAUUACAGCUUGUGACAGAUGGAGAAGAUGGAAUAGACAACAUUGAUAGCCUUGGGUGGAAAGUGACCGAUAUGGAGAAAGAACAGCAGCGUGAGAAUAGUUUACAAGCCAUAGCCAUCAUUUUGCUGUGCUGUGGGCUCGUCAAGAUGUUGCAUUUAUUAGGAGUCAUCUCCGUGGAAGACAAGGCUGAUGACGACCUGGAGAUGACCAUGGUGUGCCAUCGACCGGAAGGCCUCGAUCAGUUAGAGGCUCAGACAAACUUCAGUAAAAGAGAACUCCAAGUGUUGUACAGGGGGUUCAAGAAUGAGUGUCCAAGUGGAGUUGUCAAUGAGGAAACCUUCAAACAAAUCUACUCCCAAUUUUUCCCACAUGGAGACGCCAGCACCUACGCACACUACUUGUUCAACGCGUUUGACACGGCACAAUCAGGCAUCAUAAAGUUUGAGGACUUUGUCACAGCUCUGUCCAUCCUGCUGAGGGGCUCCAUCACAGAGAAGCUCCAGUGGACUUUUAACCUCUACGACAUCAACCGAGAUGGAUACAUCAACAAAGAGGAGAUGACAGACAUUGUCCGAGCCAUUUAUGACAUGAUGGGCAAGUACACGUACCCCGCCUUGAAAACAGACGCGCACAAGCAGCACGUGGAUGCCUUCUUUCAGAAAAUGGACAAAAACAGAGAUGGGGUAGUAACCAUUGAUGAAUUCAUCUAUUCUUGUCAAGAGGAUGAAAACAUCAUGAGGUCUCUUCAACUCUUUGAAAAUGUUAUCUAGAGAUCAAGUGGGAGAAGGUCGUGGCCUCAUCGGAGUGAAAUGAAGCAAAAAAAGAACAUCAUCAAAAAAAAUGACUUGCCACUGUCACUGAACUCUACGGAAGGUGUUUUACUGAAACAUGGUGAAAACGUCAGUGGAUCUGGAAAAAAGUCCUUCAGACUUUUAUCUGAUUUGUUUGUUUCUGUCACAUUGUUAAGUGUGCAUUUUGUGAAAAUACUCAAGUCUCUCACUUUUGGUUGAGCACACAAGUGUUUGAUAAUAACUGUCCUCUUUUUGAAUCUCUUUGUCAGUCCCCAUAAAAGGAGCAAUAUUGUAAUGCAUGCAGGUAGGAGGAUCUAUUUAAGUCGGUGUGCCAUACAAAGAGGGCAGCCAUAUCCUGUGGGGUCACGUUAGAGUUCACCCGAUUUUUGACCAAGUGUUUUCUGGAGUCCGAUGGAGUCUCAAUGUUGUAACAAUACUGAAUCAAAUGUUCUAUUUGUUGUUUCUGCUUCUUUAAGGGAUCAUUCCUCAUCUGUGUAUAUCUGUCUCAUUCAGCAUAGUUGGAAUUACCGUGGAGUACCUGCAUUUACGCUUUGACCUGUCAGCAAGAGGACAGUAAUUUUGGGGAUUUUACUGGCACACAGUUGGAGAAUGCCACUGGAGCGUGCAUGUGUGUCCUAAUGUGAACUCUUUCUUUGCCUGAAGAAUAAUAUGACAUUUGUCGGAGCAUGUAUUUUCAUAUUAUGUGCAGCUAAAUAGACAGUUUGACACAGAGGAACCUUUCAGAUUGAACUUUGCAAUGUCGUUGACCAAAACUUUCACUGUGAGGGUGCGACGACUGUAUGGCGGAAGGUUAAAAGUGUGACUUGAUGAAGAAAGCUGAGACUGAUUUGUUAUUUCAGAAGCCAUUUUGUUUAAGCGACAUUGUUUAAAAGAAUAGCGGGGACAUCAAUUUAACCGCUGCACUCUGUGCUACUACAGUGGGGACUGUAAUUCUCAGUAGAAUUUAAUAGGAAAUCAUACAAAAGUUUAGAACUGAACUUUUCCAAAAUGGAUUCUCCAGCAACAACACAACACCACAUUUCAGCACAAUGUUUAUGAUAAUGAAGAAGGGUUGGGGUAUCAUUUUUAUAUAAUUUUUUUCCAUAAUAAAAACUAUGCUUUAAGCACGCAUCCCACCACCCUCAAAAUGACUUCAUUUUCAACUUCACCGCACCACUCUUCAUAGAAAUCCUAUUAAAUUCUCAUGAGAACAGGCUCCAGUGCGACAGUUUGGCAGCUCAUCCAGAUAUGGGGACAGCAGUAAUGACCGAUGGACAACAUAAAAACUGUCCAGAUGAUUUUGCGUGCACCGAAUUGUUGUAAAAAAAAAAAGAAUAAGAAGAAAAAGAAAAAUUUAUCAAUAAACGUUUUUAAAAAAACAAUUGCAAAAUCAUUGGUUACCUUGUUGUGUCUUGAAACCUUUUGAUGAUAUGAUGAAACCUAAAAUUUGGUCACAAAACAUUUGUAUUUAUACCGUUCUCCACACAAUAAAAGUACAAAAAAGAA